UUAUACAUCACUACAUACCGUAGGGCUCUUUGGCAGGCUUCCGUUUGUGUCGUUCUCUCGUGCCGGGCCAACGAGACACUCGGGCCUUGGAUAAGACAUCUCUUCCGCGAGAUCGACGAUAGGGAAGGUCUGGGUCACAGAGGUCGGAGCCAGGCUAGGACUGGGAAUGCGUGCAUUGGAGGGCCCAGCGACAGGAGGGUUGAUGACUGAGGUGUGCUCCGCAGCGUCCAUGAUAGCUGCAGACGACGGAUGCCGUCCAAGCAUCCCAUUCGAACUUUGAGGUAAUGGUUUAUCUGCUGCCACAGUGUCUUGGACAACAGAAACCUUUCUCCUCUUCUUUCGACGUUUCUUUUUGUCUCUGCCACUCUUUGGCGUCUCCUCUUCUGGUUUCGUGGCUACAAUGGCAGAAGACGGAAGAGCACGUCUGACAGGUGAAAGAGUAUGAUUCCUUGAGACUAUGAUUUCGUUUUCUUCACCAUCAACACUUGUAUCCGAGGAAGCUGACAACCUCCUCUUCCUGGAGCUCCCGACUCCAAAGUCUUGCGAUGCUGGCAUUGGCGAACGCGAAGUUGAGGGCAUUUUUUUUUUGGCAACAGCAAAUGGUCUAGGUUAUGUUUUUGUUUAAAGACCUGAGAAUCAAGUCAGUCAGAAGUGCGCGCAAGCUGAGGGCGGGGGUAUUGUGGUGGUUGUUCGCAAAGCAGCCGAACGCGUCUUGCCAAAGUAGUAUCACACAAGCGCUUACGUAGAGCACACGUCCCUAAAAGAUUCAUACUUAGUCUACCGGCUCGUCUCCUUGCGCUCUUUCUUCUCCAGUAACUAGGUGCAUGAUUGAUUCACCCGGUGGUGGUACUUACGCAGUAAAGCCACUGUGUCGCGCGUUAUGAACUACUUCACAGGCACCGACUUUCUGCCCAAGCUGGAUGAACACGCCUUCGGUCUCUCGCAUCCUCAGGAAAUUCUCAUCCACACCGAGGAUUCAGAUGAACCAGAUGGCCCGGAGACGUUCUUGCUUCCGAAAUACGCACCAUUAUCUUCGCAGCCACAGAAGGCGGUUGGCAAUUCCUUCGGCUUGGAGGACAUUAUUGAGGUCGACGAACAUCCUAUGCUCUGGACCCACCCCGAAGAGGAGUACUCUUCACACUUGCAAAGGAGCCCAAAUCAGCACUCCUACUUUUAUUCUCGCGCACAUUCCAAUCACGAACGCACUAGUACUAUGCGCUCGCCCUCGCUUCCUAUGUUCUGCCCACACACUUCUUCUACUCAUCCUCGGAGAAGAGACAGAAAACAUAGCCCAUCGUGGUUUGGUUCUUCAGUACAACCACUUCUGACUUCUCUGUCUUCUCCCUUGCUCAGGCGUGUUCGCUUGGCCAAUUCUCAGGCUCUUUGGCUUGCGUUAUACUUUGCUUUCAACCUACUUCUCACUCUUUCAAACAAGUCUGUCUUGAUUGACUUUCCCUUUCCGUAUACUAUGACUGCCCUUCACGCUCUUUGUUCUACCUUCGGCGGAUUUACUCUGCGCUGGCGCGGCUAUUAUACCUCUAAACCCUUGAAGUUCCGUCAAGAGAUGGUCUUGGCCGCUUUCAGCGUAUUAUAUGCUGUGAAUAUAGCUGUCAGCAACGUCUCAUUGAACAUGGUCACUGUGCCCUUUCACCAAGUUGUUCGGGCAGUCACGCCAGUGUUCACGAUCAUACUCUCGGCUGUCCUCCUCGAUGCCCGAACCGCACGGAUGAAGGUCACAUCGCUGGCACCUCUGAUUCUUGGCGUUGCUUUCGCAACGUAUGGUGAUUACUACUUCACCACAUGGGGUCUCUGUUUGACCUUGCUCGGAACAGUACUGGCAGCCCUGAAAACAAUAUACACGAACAUCCUGCAGUCAUCUACGCACAUCACUCCGGCUUCACCUAUCCUUCUCAAGUCAAUUCCAACGCUAUUCGCGCUCAGACGAUAUCUUAUCCCGCCCACUUUGGGCCUGCAUCCUCUAGACCUCCUCAUGCGCAUGUCACCUUUGGCGUUCAUUCAAUGUGUCAUUUAUGCUCAAGUUACUGGCGAGCUUGACCGGCUGAGGCAUUUUGGUCGUCCGUACGGUUUCGAUGGUCUUGCUAGUGUUUCACAUGAAUCCUAUAUGAACAGCACACAGACGUCAAGCAACUAUUUGGCUCAGGCUUUGGACUAUCCGGGACCUCUCAUUGGUGGGCUAAGCUGGUCGCACAUCUUGGUCCUGCUGGUCAAUGGGGGCGUUGCGUUUGGUCUCAACGUUGUCAGCUUCACCGCAAAUGGAAAAGUCGAAUAAGGGUCUUAUGCUUUGUGUAUACAGCGAACGUUAAGCAGGUCUUAACGAUUCUGUUCGCCGUGUCUAUGUUCAACUUGACGAUCACACCAACCAAUGCCGUGGGCAUCAUUCUCACAUUAUUGGGUGGAGCGUGGUAUGCGACCGUCGAAUACACAGAAAAGAAAGCUCGAUCGACGAGGAGAUGAAUAGAGAACGAAAUUUUGUAUAGAGCGUUCACGACAGCCUACAUUGUAUCCUAUAGUACAUGUCUUUUCCCCCCUAUAUUGUCACUGUGAUUGUAUAUCUCCAACGUGCUGCUAAAUGCCCUGGUGAUAGCGAUAGAUACAUGAUAAACUUGUCUAUGAGAUGUAUACCAAUGUCCUUAAGUUGGCUUGGGUAAGGC